AUGUUGGAGAGGGCUCACUCUAUUUCAUAUCAGAGGACCUCAUUUGAACAGUAUGCCCAGCAGAGCAAAGAGUCAUUUGGAAAAAGGAAGUGGAUUGAUCAAAGUAAAAAUAGACGCAACUGGACUAAACAUCAUUCAUUUCUGUCCUUUGGUUGCCAAUCUAACACUAUGAUUACAAAAAUAGGUAUUCUGUUAUUAUCCAAUGUGCCUGCUUACGUACUUUUUGAUUCUGGGGCUACCAAUUCUUUUAUAUCUGCAUCCUUCGUCACUAGGUCAAACUUUGCAUCUGUUAGAACGAAUAAUGAAUUAGAGGCUAGCAUCCCGUUAGGAAAAACUCUUUGCACAAACCAGAUGACUAAAUCUAUGAAGUUAGAGAUUGAUGGAAAAAUAUUGGAAGCAGACUUAUACCUCUUGGAAAUGAAAGAUUUCGAUGUUAUUUUAGGCAUGGAUUGGUUAGGAUUUAAUCAUGCAACCAUUCGAUGUCAUGAAAAAGAAGUGCAAUUUCAUAGACCAGGAGAGGAAGAGUUCCGUUUCUUUGGAGCAAAGUUCAAAUCCCUACCUCGUCUUAUAUCAGCUAUACAAACUAAGAAGAUGUUGAGGAAAAAUUCAUGCCAGGGAUUCUUGGUUAACAAUAUCGAUUCUCAACAUACAGAGAUGACUGUUAACGAUAUCAAUAUCGUACGAGACUUUGCAAAUGUGUUCCCAGAAGAUUUGCCAGGCAUUCCAGCAGGUAGGCAAGUGAAAUUUACAAUUGAUUUGAUUCCUGGAGCAGCACCAAUAUCCAAGGCCCCGUACAGAAUGGCACCGAAAGAACUUCAAGAAUUGAAGUUUCAAUUGGAAGAAUUGCUAGAGAAAGGUUUCAUUCGACCGAGUGUAUCUCCUUGGGGAGCUCCUUUAAGGGGUGCUUCAGUGUUUUCAAAGAUCGACUUGGGGUCAGGAUAUCAUCAACUGAAAAUCAGGGCAAGUGAUAUACCAAAAACUGCUUUCAGGACUCAGUAUGGGCAUUAUGAAUUCACUGUCGUGCCUUUUGGUCUGACCAAUGCUCCAGCUGUAUUUAUGGAUCUCAUGAAUAGAGUGUUCCAUCAGUACUUAGAUCAGUUUGUCAUAGUAUUUAUUGAUGACAUACCCCUUGAUCGCAUAGGUUUCCUUGGUCACGUAGUUACCGCCCAAGGAAUCGAAGUAGAUCCUGCUAAAGUCGAAGCAAUAACAAAAUGGCCAAGUCCGACCAAUGUGGGUGAAGUCCGCAGUUUCUUAGGAUUGGCUGGCUAUUACAGAAGAUUCAUUGAAGGCUUCUCAACAAUAGCAGGGCCGAUGACUCAGUUAACAAGAAAGGGUGUGAAGUUUCUGUGGACGAAAAAAUGUGAAAAAUAUUUUCAAGAACUUAAGCAGAGGCUAGUCUCAGCUCCUAUAUUGACGAUACCUGAAGGUUCGGAGGGAUUUGUGAUCUAUAGCGAUGUCUCCAAGCAGGGUUUGGGUUGGGUACUAAUGCAGUAUGGAAAAGUGGUUGCUUAUGCGUCGAGACAGUUGAAGCAGUGUGAACAAAACAAUCCAACGCACGACUUGGAGCUUAUAGUGAGAAGAUGGUUGGAACUAGUGAAAGAGUACGACUGCACAAUUCAUUACCAUCCAGGUAAGGCUAACGUAGUUGCAUAUGCCUUAAGCAGAAAGACAGGAUCACAAUUAACAGUUCUACCCACAGUGCAGAAACACUUGAUAAGGGACUUUGAGAAAUUGAGAUUGAAAGUUAUCACACCACCGACUCAGACUACAGCAAGAAUAAGAUCAUUUAUGAUUCGGCCUACUCUUCGGGAUCGAAUCAAGGAGACACAGAAUAAGGAUCCAUUUCUAAAGAAGAUAAAGGUUGAGGUUGGCACAAACAAACGUAUAGGAUUUGAAAUGUCUGCAGAUAACGAGCUGAUUUUCAAAGGAAGGUUAUGUGUACCUAAAGAUGAAAGUAUACGAAAUGAAAUACUAGAAGAGGCUCACUCUACCCCGUAUUCGGUCAAGGCAGAACACCAAAGACCAUCAGGACUACUGAAACCAUUGGAAAUUCCAGAAUGGAAGUAG